AUGCGAGUAAUACGGGAGAAGGUCGGGGACUCUAUGUUAAUUGCUCGACGCCUACUGGCUCUACGAAUCCACAGAAUCCUUUGUAGACGUUACAGGAAUGGCGGUUUUGGGGACUUCGAUCACCUUUCUGGGCCUCGGGUGCCCGAAUCCGAGGUCAAUAAGCGUCUCACAGAAAGAGAGCUGAAUUAUGCUGCACCACACGAUCGUUUGAUUUUAUCAGCAAACCAGGUGGGUGUGAAUCGUCCAGUGGAAGAUCGCUGGACCGCUUUCCAGUCUGGCCCUUUCACGAGCGAAGGUUCGCGCCUGUCAAGUCUGGAUCUGGAAUAUGGGGGCUACAUGUUUUCAGUUUUCGACGGUCAUGGUGGUCCUGCAUGUGCUCAUGCGAUCAACCUUCUGCACCCGGACUAUUUGGUAGCCGGACUUUUGCCGCCAGGCAUAAAUGAGCAAGUACUACGAGACUUACGGUCGAUAGAGGAAUCCGUCACGACGUUCUCUCUGUGUGGCUUGUCGGAUGCACUUUGGUCACGACCGGAAGCCACAGUGACUGGUGAAUCAGAACACAUAAAGUAUCAGAAUCUUAUCAAACCGCCUUUUGCACAUAAUUCUUGUCAAUGGCCCCCCUGGGGUCCAUGGGGACCUUUACCGGGGUCUAUUCACGACCUGCACAUUGCAAAUAUGAGAAAGCUGUUGGUGGAAUCUCUCUCUUGUUCACUGGCUGAUGACGGUUCUUAUCUCGAUCACAAUGAUUACGGAGAUAUAUGUGACCCUGAAGGCUUCACUAUCGCGUCGUUCCGCUCCAUUCAAGAUGCAAUCAUUUCCGGUAGUCUUGUUAAUCCAUUUAAACGACGGUCUUCUGUUGCAGCUCGUCACGAGUUGUCCAUGCAAUAUGCAGCUGACGUGGAGGCUAUUGACAUGCUUGGUCCCGAGGUGAAUCGACUGUAUGAUCGAAUAGUCGAAGUGUCCAGAAACCUUCGCAAUAGCUUCAAACGAUUAGACAUAGACCUUUCUCAUGCGGCACAGCCUUCCCAACAUAGUGCUACUCUGGACAAGGCCCUCUUACGUAUUGUCUUUAGUGGCUGUGUUGCCACAACAGCCUUUAUUCCAAACAAUUGCAGGGAGCUGUAUGUGGCGCAGUUGAUCCGAGCGACCGGUAUCCGGAAAGCAUCUGUGUUCGAGGCCAUCAAGGAUCAGAAUGCAGCCAUUAUCUUGGGUGAUGAGGAACGCUUUGACCUGUGGACCGAACAACAGUUGUCGUGGCCAUCAGCUGUCACUCAUCUGGAACCCACGUUGAGCGUGGGAUCCCUUAUGGAGGUCGGUGAUUGUGGCGCUGUUUUGGGAAGCUUGGUUUCCGGAUCUGCACAGGCCAACCGAGCGCCACAUGAUCAUCGCUCAACGGUACUUUUGGAGUACUCGUCUUCAGAUUGGAAGGCCGAGUUGCUCAUUGAACCGCAUAAUGCAGAAAAUGCAGCUGACGUGCAGCGACUCCGAUCCAGUCAUCCGGUUCAUGAGUCCGCCUUUGUUAUUCGAGAUGAUCGACUGCUUGGUGAACUCAUGCCCUUACGUGCAUUCGGCGAUAUUCGAUUUAAAUGGCCAUCGGAAGAACUGAAACACGUGGCUCGCCUUUUAGAUCUACCUCCGAAUUACCCAAUCAUGCCAGCCUUCUAUACAACACCACCUUACCUAUCUUCCACGCCGCAAGUGGUCUGGAGACCACUGGUGCCCAGCCGAGAUUACUUCCUCAUUCUGGGGACCGACGGGUUGUGGGACAUGAUCACUCCAAAGGAGGCUGUGGAUGUCGUAGCCCGGCAUUGGUUUGAUUAUCGUUGCUAUCCCUCAGUAUGUGGACCUGGAGAUACGGCCGCCACGCGCCUAAUUCGGACAGCCCUCGGGGGAGAAACGAUGGAUCCUCAACGAAUUUCCGUGCACUUCUCUAUGCCGGCCACUGUAGCUCGAUAUUAUCGUGAUGAUAUUACUGUACUAGUUGUCUACUUACCAACAGCAUUUCGAGAGAAUCACUUCCUCUCAUAAGUUCGUCGUUUCUAUACUUGCAUGGAAUUUUCGUCGCUCUGGAAACCGGAUGGCAUCGAUCUCCAUGGCUAUUCUUGUGAUUCCUUGUAUCUAAUCUUCAUGUGCAUUUUUCUCACCUCCCAGUCGGUCGGCUUUCCGCCAUUUUUGUCUUGUCAAACCGAUGCAAGAUAUUUACUCCGAAAACGUUCCUUUCCUUCGGUCUGCUAGAAUAUGUUCUUUUGUUUGACACAAUUGCUUUCAGAUUUCCUAUGAUGUCCCAUUCGCACACGUACUAUUUUGUUGAAUAAAG